CGUCUUCAAAGCGGCAUUUGCGGUCCCUUUCCUUUGCUUCACAAGAUUCCUCGCAUAGCCUGCCACAUACCGGCCGGGCACCACGAGCGCGAACAUCGAGUAUGGUCCACUCCCCCGCGACUGGUGUCCGCGGCAAGGUAUCGGACAUCGACCACUCCGACAUUGUCGCACCGGUUCCGCGAAGACAUCUAACUCUCCAACGUUCUGAGAGUCAGCAUUGGCUUGGUUCGCCUCCUUUGUCUCCUGUUUCUGCUGUCUCGCGCACACUGUCCCCCAUCUCCCAUGUCCCGCUUUCACCAACGCACGCCAGGAAGCGAUACAGCUCAAUGUUCUCCGCGAUAUCUGAAUCCGAGAAGUCUCAUCUGACGGCAGCUUUAUCUUCGCAGUCCAUUUCAGCUGCAGAUCAGAAGACUACAGAAGACGUUGGAAUGGCGCGGAGAUGGACGCGUUGGAUGCACAAACAAGGUCUCAAGCACCGUGUACUGCCCCUCAUCGUUCUAUUCACGGCGCUGUUUAAAUGGUGCAUCACUCUGGGCUCGUAUUCCGGACAGGGUACUCCGCCACUGUUCGGUGACUACGAAGCUCAGCGACAUUGGAUGGAGUUGACGAUACACUUGCCCGUCCGGGAGUGGUACACGUACGAUCUGAAGUAUUGGGGACUUGACUAUCCCCCACUUACAGCCUACAUCUCGUGGUUAUGCGGCGUCAUCGGCGCGCGGAUCGACCCUUCCUGGUUCGCCUUGGACAGUUCCAGGGGAAUUGAAAACCCUACCAGCAAAAUCUACAUGCGAGCGACAGUUCUAGCCUGCGAUACUUUGGUCUACAUACCUGCAGUGUUAUUCUUUGUACAAACCUGGCAGAGAAAUCGGUCAUCCAAGACACAGCAAGUAGCUUUGCUAACGCUAUUGCUACAGCCAGCUCUGUUGUUGAUCGACUUCGGCCAUUUUCAGUACAACUCAGUCAUGCUCGGACUCACCCUAGUCUCGCUCUGCUGCUUCGCUGUGGGCCACGACCUACUUGGAGCGAUCGCUUUUGUCUUGAGUCUAGGAUUUAAGCAGAUGGCCCUGUACUAUGCACCUGCCAUUGGAACUUAUCUACUUGCGAAGUGUCUAACUUUAGGUUUGCGUGACGGGGUCCAGCUCUUUCUUCAACUUGCAGCGGUCACUGUGAUAUCAUUUGCAGUUCUCUUCUUGCCUUGGCUCCCACCGAUUGCCCCCAUAUCGGCUAUUCUUGAUCCGAUAUCCAGGAUAUUCCCAUUCCAACGGGGCCUCUUCGAAGACAAAGUUGCCAACUUCUGGUGCGCUUCAAACAUCCUCGUGAAAUGGCGGGUCUGGAUGAGCGCCCCGGCCUUGGUCAAACUCUCCGCCGGAAUAACCAUUAUUGGCUUUCUACCCGCUGUUGUAGGCAUGCUCUACAGCGGUUAUAGGCUGGGUGCAUCUGCGGAGAAGUCUAAGCAAGACAGUAAAGCAGCUUCCGAACCAUCUUUCGGUCCUUCUCCCGUUUUGCCCUUGCUACCCUACGCUCUUUUGACGUCGUCUAUGUCUUUCUUCCUGUUCUCGUUCCAGGUUCAUGAGAAGACUAUCCUGGUCCCUCUACUGCCACUUACGCUUCUUCUCUCUGGUGCAUCGAAUAAUUCACCCACCUUCAAACUUGGAGCUCUCGUCAACAAUGUAGCUGCAUUUAGCAUGUGGCCGCUACUCAAGCGCGAUGGGCUUGCGCUGCAAUAUGUUGUAAUUCUCGCGCUUUGGAACUGGAUGAUCGGACACAACCCAUUCAAGCUGCGGCACAAAUCUCUAGUAGACUACCUCUCAAUGGCCAUCUACGGCAUUUGCAUCCUGCUACAUAUUUCUGAAUGUCUCCUUCCCCCACCAAAGCGCCUCCCUGAUAUCUAUCCCGUGUUGAACGUCCUGCUCAGUACGCCUGUCUUUGGCGUAACCUGGCUCUGGUCAAUCAAGCGGUCUGUUGAGGUGUCCUGGGGUGUUGGUGGCCUAGGAUCUCUCUCGAAAGCCUCCUCCGCAGUGCACUCGCCCGGUGCCAAUGGCCACCUUCCGAACGGCGACGGUUCCACGGUCGCCAACCCGGAGGGCGUCACGUCUAGUCUGGGUCUGUCGAUCGUCGGAGAACGACUGUCGGGCUUGCGGACGCGUAGUCUUGGAUAUGCACAGGGCAAAAAGUCUGCAUUGGGGAGCGAGAGUGUUGGUGCAGAAUUCAAUUAGCAACAGCGUGUAUUAGUCAGGCUUUCGAGAUUGGAUGGACCUUAAUAACUGUUCUAUAUAACCCGGGGUAACGGAGUCUGUCCUUAGCGUCGAGCUAACAUUGAAAUAUUGAACG